AUGGAAAUGAUAGAUGCUUUGAGUGCAGUGAUAAACUAUUUGAGUAGUUUAGCGUAUCUAUCAACUUAGGAAUAUUUUUGUGCAUAAGACAUAGUACUUAGCAUAUAUAGUAUGGAAGAAAAAUUAGUUACAUCAAAGAAUACAAUUGCAAUUCAUGGUAGAUAUUUUAAGGAAGAUCAAAAUUUAGAUUUCAUUAAACAAGGAGGAAACCUGCAAUUUAAAAAAUAUUUGUGUCUAAAAGGAGUUAAAAAGUUUAUAUUUAAUAAAAAAUUUUACUCCUCUGAAAUAGUUAAUCGCUAUAGAUACUUAUUAGAAUAAAAGGCAUUGAAAGUAAUAAGUGUUGAAGAUUUAAAUGAAAUAUAAGGCGAUAAAUAGGAAGAGUAAAUUGAAGAGACUAAAGUUGAUCUAGAAAAAAGUGAAUAUGUCUAACAUAGCUUCUAAGAAUCUGAAGAAUAGUCUGAAAUUUAAUCUGUAUCUGAUCAAGACAAUAUAAUUAAUCAACUUAAUGAGUUUUAAAUAAGUAAUAAUGCUAAAUAAAAUGCUUCUAUAUAUAAUAUUAAUGAUUUAGAUAGUAAAAAUAGUAAUGAUUUAAAUAAAGGUCUUUAUGAGAAGAAUUCUUCUAAUAUAUAUGAAGAUAAAAUGGUAGAUGAUAAUUGUAUUACAUUAAAAAGUAUAAAAGAGGAAUAAGUUUUGCAAUCUUAAAAAAUAAGUGAAGAUUAAAUGAAAUAAGAAGUGUAAGAAUAAUAAUUACAUAAUAUUAGUGAAAAAAACAUUUAGUUAAAUUCUAAAAAUAAUACAACUCUAGUUAAAGAUUAAGAUUAAGAAAAAAAAAAUGUGCAAUUACUAUUUAAUAGCAGUUAAGAUAACAAAUAAUAAGAUUUAAAGCCUUUUUAAUCUGUAAAUUCUUUAUCAUCUUCAUCAACUUCCUCUUCUUCUACAAAAUUUGUUAAUACAUUAUCAAAGAGUAACACUGAAGAUAAAUAAAAACUAUCUAAAAAAGAAUAAAUUUUUGGUUUUUUCUCUAAAGCAAAGGAGAAAUACUAAGAGGCAAAAGUUUCACUGAAAGAAAGUGCAAAGAGCUUGAUCUAUGAUAUAAAUUAAAAGGUACAUGAUCCUGACACAUAAAUUAAAAUCCAAAUGAUAAAAGAAGACGUAAGAACUAAAACUAUGGAAGCUUAAGAAAUAAUUGAAGAGCAAGCUACUCAUUUUAAAGAUUAUGCAACAACCACAUUAGAAUCCUUUAAAAAUAAAAUCAAAGAUAAAAUAAAAGAGAAAAAAAUUGAUAAGGAAAUUGUUGAUAUGAAAUAAUAAAUAAGAGAAAAGUAUUUAGAAUUUGAAGUAUACACAGAAAAUUUAGCAAGUAAAAAGAUAAAAUAGAUAAAAAAUUACUUGCACACAGAAAAUAUAGAAAAUGAGCCUUUUGAAACAAUUGAAUCAGAUGGCAGAGAAUUAGAUAAAUCUUCAUAAAAUUUAGAUAAAUAAAACACUUAAUAAAAAAAUACUCUAGUUAAUAGUUUAUAAGAUAUUUAAACAAGUAAUUUAUAAGAAGAAUAAAAAAUUUCUAUAAAUUAGAUAAGUUAAAAUGAAAAUGAUUACUUAUAAGAUAAAUAUAAAAAAAAUAUUAAUAAAUAGUUUAAUUAAAAUGAUAAAAAAACAAAUGUAAAACAAAUGAACAUAUCUCCUAAAAGAGUUUUAUUUAUAGAUGAAUAGCAUUCAUAUGAUCUUUAACAAAUAUAAGAAGAUGAUUCUAUAUUUUAGCCUUAAGAAUAGAAUCUACCUCAAUAUGAAGAAGCAGAUAAUGAUGAAGAAGAAAAAAAUGAUAAAGAAGAAAUAUUGGUUUCUAAUUAUGUGUAAAAAAAUAACAUAAAACUGAACCUAGUAUAAGAUUAAAAAGACUUAUUUAAUUAACAUUUAUAUCAUAAUUAGUUUAAAUGCAAUUAGGAUAAAGUUUUAUUUUUAGACGAAUGUUCCUAAGAAAAUAGUAAUAACAAUAAAGCUCAUAUACAAGAUGACGAAAGUAUUUUUGAUAGUUUUAAGAAUUAAAAUAUAUGA